AUGACGACGUUCACAGGCGAACUCAUCAUGCUGACCCCGCUCAAACAAGACAACGAUCAUUAUAUUGUCAAAAUACAUAGGGAAGAAAAUGCUAUUGCUGAAAAGAUUCUUCAUAUUGCUGGUGGACCAUACGCAGGCAUUAUUGUUAAUCGACUCGAAGAAAAUCCAAAUCUCGAUUUCCAUCCAGAUGUCUCGCUUUCGUUCAACGUUUUGCUCGGAAACAGGCAGGAGAAGCCUGUUCAGGAAAAACGCUCCCUUUAUUUCUUCAUUCGUCAUGGAGUCGAUGCCGAUGUUGGUCGUGCCGUCGUACAUAAAUAUUUUAGAAGCCUACUUUCAAAUUUAUCUGGAGGAUAUGUAUCGUUUAUGAAAAAAGCAAUCGGAUUACUUCAAAAAGAAUUCCUUGAGAUCACUGCUCUUGUUAUUGAUUAUAAGCUGGUUGCCGAGGAGGAGCAAGUCGCCAUCCCAGAUGCUGCUCAAUACGAUUCGGGAUCGGAAAUCGAAGAAGUGACUGCCGGACAUGUUCAGGAAGUUCUCGAGCACGCAUACCCAGAUGGUCUUCCGGUAGCGAAAAUUGCGGAAUGCUUAAGAUGUGAUGAAGAUGAGGUUAUCGGCUAUCUGUCGGAACUUGAAUCUUCUAGAAUUGUGACACAGGUUGGUGAUGAAUGGAUUCGUGCUGAUACCAAAAAGGUUUACGAAAGUAUUGAGGCUCAGAGACAAGCUUCAGCUUCGACGUCGGCUGAUCAGCCAACAGUCGCCAUCAUUUCUUGUUUGUUCGUUGAGAAGCAGGCAGUCGAUUCUCUAAUUGAAGAAAGCUCGACAAUUCAUAAAUACAAAUCUGGAGGUGAUUCGAAUGUGUACACGAUCGGAAGAAUUGGAGAACAUCGGGUGGUUGCGACGAAGCUUGCUCUUAUCGGAGAUUCACGCGAAGCAAUCACGAGUGCCGGAUCAAUCACAACAAGACUUCUUGGAAACUUCCAAAACAUCGAACACGUGUUCAUCGUCGGAGUUGGCGGAGCGGUUCCGCAUUUCACCGACGCGAGUUUGCAUGCACGACUCGGAGAUGUGAUUGUGUCGGCUUCUCGACCACACGGAUACGUCUACGCUCAUGAUCUACUUCUGGACAGAAAGACGGACAACGUCACCGGAUUUGCUGUUAGAAAUUGGGAUGCCGCCGAUAAGACCAUCGAACGAAUUGUCGAAAAAGGAAUCGAAAGCGGAGAGCUUAUCUCAGAUUGGAAUAAAUCAACAAACCAGGCGAUUAAACUUUUGGAAGCCACCGCUGGAUCAGCUGAUGUCGAAUGGAAGUCACCCCCUGAAUCGACUGAUGUUCUCGCAAUGACUAUUUCAAAAGGAAAUGUUGUUGUCAUGCCACAUCCGAACCUCGACCGAAAAGGACCAGAGAUUCAUAUUGGUUCAGUUGGUGCAAUGGCUUCAAUGAAGAAGUAUGAAGCAAUCGUGAAUGAGGAAGACUCUAUCAAUCAACUCCGCGAAUCUUUUGUUGAGUCGUUUGGAAUCCGAUGCAUGGAUGCUGGAUUUGAUUCAGUUGUGGGCGCCAUUGUUGGCUCAUGUGUAAAAUCGUGGGCUUUGAUUCGCGGAAUUUCCGAUUAUCAACAGGGACAGAGUCGUGCCAGCAAACAAUGGCAGGCUCAUGCUGCUGCUCGUGCUGCUGGAAUAACACGGUGCAUCAUCGAAAAGCUUCCUGUCUAA